AUGGCAGCAACAAAUUACCAAGCAGCCAUCUCCUUGAUUGAUGAGGCCCAUGCCCAAGACCCAAAUAUAACGAUCGUCGACGGCAAAGAUGUCCCAUACGAACUACACUACGCUCAGCAGAUGUCUCGAUACCUAGAUCUGCGAGCCCCUGAUGCUUCUCCUGUCCUCAAAGUCGCGAUUCGAGCUCAACACUUCCGCCGCUGGGAAAUUCGUCGCGACUCUUAUCCGAUGACCAAAGCGGGUUACCUAAACUGGCGGAGCUUCCUCAAAAAACGACAAGCAGACCUCGCCGCUGCAAUAUGCGUGGGAUGUAAUUUCACGACAGAGGAGGCAGAAGAAGUAGCAAAAUUGAUACGGAAGGAGGAUUUAAAGAAGAAUGAGGAGACACAGAUACUGGAAGAUGUAGCCUGCUUGGUAUUUCUGGAUGACCAAUUCGAGGCAUUCGAGAAGGGACACGAUGAGCAGAAGAUAAUUGAUAUUCUGAGGAAGACUUGGGGCAAGAUGAGUGAUAGGGGACAUGAACUGGCACUACAGAUCCCAAUGUCAGACACGAGCAAAACGUUGAUUGAAAAGGCGCUGGCAGGUUAG